AUGGGCCCCACCGCCCCAAAGGCACCCAAGGUCAGCCCAAGCGACCUUGCGACGAAUGAGGCUUUACUGGCAUAUGCCGAUGCGUCGCGAUUAGCAAGAUCAUGGCUUAGCGCAGGCUCAACAACGAGCGACCACCAAGGAACCGACCAAGAAGCAGAGCCACAAGAAGAUGAAGCUCUCAAUGGUCUAGAGAAGUUCACUCAAGAGGGAUAUUCAGACAAUGGCGGUGUAGGCUUUGUGGUGUCUCCGUCAUCCGUCGCCAAUGGCUCUACUGCUGGCACUGGCUCGACUGGCCAUGACGCCGCAACAUCAUUUCUUCGAACUCAGAUGCUUGGCAAGAGUUUCCGAUCUCAACAGCAACGACAAGGCCACAAUCCAAAUUCCAGACAGCCAAAAUGGAACCACCGGGGCAAAGGUGGUCAAAUUGAUGAUGACGACGAAAGCGAAUCGCGCUCUCACGUUGCAAAGUCAAAGCCGAGGCCACAUCAAAGGCAGGAGGCACCCAACAAGGUCGUCAAUCAGCAUGCCGAAUCCUCAAGCGAUACAAUUGCCAAUCAAUCCCACUCUAACCAAUCAGACGAGUUGGGUGGAGGACCCUCGACCUCUGGUGUCAACUUGCCAGCUUCACCAUCUACUACGCCGGUGUCCAGAAAGAGGGCCAAGGCAAGCUAUCUCGACGAGAUCCUUGCACAGCGAGCUGCGAAAAAGAACAAAAAGGCUAGUAAAUCAAGUUGAAGCCUACACAUACUUUCUCGCCUUGUCAAACGGAGAAUACAGAAUUCUACUCUGACGGGAAAGUAACAAACUCUCAAAGAGGAAUUGAUAUUACGAGGCCUUGGAUUCUUAUAUUAGCAUCCACACACGAUAGACCAGAGGAUAUCUGUGGGCGAAACACGGUCCGGGGAAAACCUGUCAACCGCACGCUCUAUCUGAUCUUGUUUGAUCCUGGACACCAUUGGAGCAUCCGUGAUGAAUUCAUCGCUCCCACGUACAAUCCAUGUCCUGAUAAUUCAUUCCCUGCUCCAAUUCCCAAGGGUAUCAGAGAAGACAUCCAGCGCCGUCAGCCCAAUCCUGCACAUUAUUAUCCUUCACCGAGCCAAAUGGAGCCGUUUCAAGUCGUCUGCGAGCUCACAGCUCCAGCUUGCUCUCUCUUUCCCAGUCGGUGGAUGCACCCAUAUGUGCAUUGGGGACUGUAAACCAAACAAACCGACAUGCCGCACCCUUGCAAAAUCCGGUCCCUGUUUGAAAGGUCAAAAUUCAUGUCUACAACAAAUCGGUCCACCCGUGUCGACCAAGAGAUAUGGGGGACUCCAGGACCAAUAUUUUCUUAAAAAGGAGAUCGUGUCAUUGAAGUCGUUUCCGUUUUCGGUCUUCGAG